GUGGAUUCUCUCACAUAUGAUGCCGGCUUGCUGAAUUUGAUUCUGAUGCACGACACCUCAGUCCAUGCGAUUCCCUCUUCGUCCGCAGACCCUUUUGGAUGUGUUGCACCGUGAUGAGCAAUCCGGUGCAGAGGCCGCUCAGCUGUUGAAGCGGCUGGCGCCUCAGAUGGUUCGACGAGUACUGGAUUUGAUGCAGGAAGCUGGCACGAUGCUCGAUGCGCGCAACUACACUGUAGGCAUCACUCUGGUUGCACGGGAAAAGCUGUGGCAAGAUGCCAUCCUCAUCUUCGAUUCGAUGUCACAUGCUCGUCUUUCACCGAAUUCAUACAACUACAGUGCAACAAUCAGUGCAUGCGAAAAAGCCAGCCGCUGGCAAUGUGCAGUGCAACUGUUUCAGGAGAUGCAGUGUGCGUCGCUGGCGGAUGUGGUUGGAUUCAGCUCAACGAUCAGCUCUUGCCAGAAGGGCUCCCAGUGGACAGCAGCCUUGCAACUCUUUGGGUCGAUGGAGAGUGCGAAGGUAGAGUCAAAUGUGUACAGCUACAGUGCUGCCAUCAGUGCCUGUGAGCAAGGGGGUCACUGGACACUGGGCCUGGCUUUGCUGUUUGCCAUGACGACGAUGAGGAUCAAUCCGAAUGGGUUCAGUUAUAGUGCUGCCAUCAGUGCCUGUGGCAAGAAUGGGCAGUGGCAAUGGGCGCUGCAACUCUUUCACCUCAUGAGCUCCAGAACCACUCCAAAUGUUGUGAGUAUGAAUGCGAUGAUCAGUGCAUAUGAGAAGGUGGGAAAGUGGCGAAAGGCUCUUGACAUGUUUGGGGACAUGUCCAGAAUGCAGAUUUGUCCCGACCUUAUCACCUACAAUGCCAUCAUCAGCUCAUGCGAGAAAGGCGCUCGCUGGCCACUAGCCUUGCAUCUCUUCUUACAAAUGUCUCAGAUAUUGAUCCAUCCGCCUACUGGAGAUCGAGGAAGUUGAGACCAGACGUUACAAGCUAUGGUGCUUUGGUGAGCUCUUGUGAGAAGGAUGCUGCCUGGCAGCUGGCUUUGCACCUGUUGCGUGACUUCCAAGAGCAAAAAGAUGAAAGCGAGUCGAAGUAACCAAAGUACAGUUGCUGCUGGCCAAGUGUAUGGCG